UUGUCAACAAAAUUUUCAAAAAUUAAAAAUACUCACUCUGACGUGGCAUCCCCUGCUUUUACUUUCUUCCUCCAUAUAACUCUGAAUUUCUUUGUGCGCUUCUUCUCAACUAUCCUCCUAAUCUCUCUCUCUCUCUCUCUCUCUCUCUCUCUCUCUGUAUUCAUCUUCAUCUCCUGCUUCCCUGGAUUUGGAUUUUGCUUCUUCUUUCUCUUUCGGUUUUGCCUUUUCGUUUUCUUUUAUUUCCCGAGAAUCCGACGGCGGAAUCUGUUUUUUGUUUAUCGGGAAAAGCCGAGGAGCCUUCUGUUUUCUCAGCUAGAAAAAGAAAACUCUCAAGACAAGUUUGUUUUCAGUCUUUCAGAUACCAUUGAGGUGUAGUGCGUUAACCUUUUGCAGUAAGUAACGUGCUGGACUUGUUCUGUUUCUUUUGAGCAGCCAUGGCUGUUGAGGAUCACAGUGAAGCCACAGGGUCAAACGCCUCUGUUGCAGCUGCCGAUUGCAGUCUAAAAGGCGAUGCACAAUCUAAACCAGCGAUUGAACUCAAGGAGAUAUCUUCCUUUGGCAAUGACCAUACACCUAAGAUCAGGAAACCUUACACAAUUACAAAACAAAGAGAAAAAUGGACAGAGGAAGAGCAUCACAAGUUCCUUGAAGCCUUGAAAUUGUAUGGCCGCGGUUGGCGUCAAAUAGAAGAACAUGUAGGCACCAAAACUGCAGUUCAGAUUCGAAGUCAUGCUCAAAAGUUCUUCUCUAAGGUAUCUAAGGAGUUGAGCGGACCUAGUGAAGGCUCCAUCACACCAAUUGAGAUACCUCCUCCACGGCCUAAGCGGAAGCCUGUGCAUCCUUAUCCACGUAAAUCAGUCGAUUCUCUCAUUGGAUCACCAGAAAGGUCACCGUCCCCGCAUUUUUCAGUUUCUGGGAAAAGCCAAGAAUCGCCUACUUCAGUAUUAUCUGCACUUGGUUCAGAUGUACUGGGGUCUGCAGCUUUGGACCAGCAUAGCAGAUCUGCAACCCCAACUUCAUGUACCACUGACAUGCGCUCAACCAUCUUAUCCCAUGUUGAAAAAGAGAAUGAUUACAUGACAUCCAACUCAUCCACUGAAGAAGUGAAAGAGUCCGUGCCAUCAGUUCAAUUAUCUGCUGACUCAACUCCUGAAAAAUUUGCGUGCAUGAAACAUGGAUCGGGUUCCAAUCACGUUGUGAAUACAGAAGGAGAUGCUGGCAGUCCAAGAGCUUCUCCAAGUAUUAAGCUAUUUGGAAGGACAGUUUUGGUAUCAGACUUGGAGAGACAAUCUCCACCUGGUAGUGUUACCGAGGAUUCAAAGGCUAAACAAGAGAAUUGUCAGAGGGAGAAUGAUAUGCUUGCUCAAACAUUAAGAUUGGAUGAGUUAGACACGCGUUUGUCACUCGGUGGAAUUGUGGAACACCAAAAACAGAGCCCUAAUUCUCAGAAAGUUAACCCUGAUGCUCAUCAGCCAUGGUGGUUUAUGCAUCAUGGUUUAAUACCAUUUUUCCAAGUCAGAUCAUGUAACGAAAACUCAGUUCAAAUACACGCCAAUUCUUUGGCGGAUGAAACAAUGAAAGAGACGGAAACGUCUUUAUCACACGAUGGUUCAGUUAGUGCAGUGGAAAAUUUAGCAGAGAAGCAUUUAGAGGCUGCUGAUGCGUUACGCGAAGAGACGCAAUCUCUCCCUUGCAGUUCAAGAAAGGGGUUUGCACCAUACAAAAGAUGCUUAGCAGAUAGAAAUAUGAACUCAUCAGGAGAGAUGAGGGACAGACAGCGGGCUCGUGUCUGCUCGUAGUUCCCAUGGCAGAUGCUCUGUUUUCUAGCUUAUCGCAAUACCCGCAUAAUUAAAAAUCCAUGCUUCAGUUUAAAUUGUUGGCGUCUGAUGUUGCAUUUUUUGCAAUUUGAAAUAACUGUAACGUCCUUUAUGGAUUUAUUCUUUUUACCCUAUUC